UCGUGUAUUAUUAAUAACCACGCAAGCAGACGCGGAAGUUCGAAAGGCGACAAUUACAAUCGAAACAUUUGGAGAAUAUAGCACAUUUCCUUGUCAGAAAAAUUGGACGGGACUGAGUCCAUCUUUGGAAUAGACAUCAAGCUUUUCUGGGUUUAAUCUGCACCGUCGGACAAUUCGGAAGGCGUUUUUUGUGUGGGACACAGAGAAAAUCAGCUCCCAAGAUGGUGGAUGGGCGACGUUUACACUAAAUAAAUUCAUGUCCUUGCACAAAUUCCUGAAUGAUUGAAGGCCAACGAUUACCCGGUUUUCAUUUCUUCCUUCGUUUUUUCCGAUCACCUUGAAGGUGUCAAGGAGGGCGAAUUUCGCAGUUGCAGAGGCCUGCGGGCUGAGUCCAGUUGUAAAGCCCUGAUGUUGGCCCAGGUUCGAGCCACAGGGUGGCUUCCCAAUGGUGGCCUUCGCUACCAGAUUAGCAACGAAAAAACCAGCAAAAAGAAAAGAUUUGCAUUUGCAGCUUUAGAUUUAGUCACUAAAGAGAUAACGACGACAAAUGGAGAGAAUGGCCUUGAAGUAGAUAGAAAUGCAGAACGGCAGGUUGUGACUCCUUGGAGUCGUUCAGUUGCCAGUGGGUAUGAAUUGUUAAGAAAUCCUCGCUACAACAAAGGAUUGGCGUUUUCUGAUGAAGAAAGGGAUUAUCAUUAUCUCCGGGGCCUUUUGCCCCCUGCUCCUCUGUCACAGGAUCUUCAGGUAAAGAAGCUAAUGGAUAUAAUUCGUGACUACCAUACACCAUUGCAGAAAUACAUGGCUAUGAUGGACCUCCAGGAGAGGAAUGAAAGAUUGUUUUACAAGCUCUUAGUUGACCAUGUUGAAGAAUUGCUUCCUAUAGUCUACACACCCACUGUUGGUGAAGCUUGCCAAAAAUUCGGUACUAUUUUCAGGCGUCCGCAAGGUCUUUACAUAAGCUUGAAAGAAAAGGGAAAGGUCCUUGACGUUUUGAAGAACUGGCCUGAACAGAACAUUAAGGUCAUUGUUGUCACUGAUGGUGAACGUAUUCUGGGACUUGGAGAUCUUGGAUGCCAGGGAAUGGGAAUUCCUGUUGGAAAACUUGCCUUGUAUACAGCACUAGGGGGAGUUCGUCCUUCAGAGUGUCUUCCAGUAACUAUUGAUGUUGGGACCAACAAUGAAACAUUGCUGAAUGAUGAAUUCUACAUAGGGCUUAGACAGAGACGUGCUACAGGCCAGGAAUAUGGUGACCUCCUUCACGAGUUCAUGUCUGCUGUCAAACAAGCUUAUGGAGAGAAAGUUCUUAUCCAGUUUGAAGACUUUGCUAAUCACAACGCCUUUACCUUGCUGGAGAAAUAUUCUUCAACUCACCUUGUCUUCAAUGAUGAUAUCCAGGGGACAGCUGCAGUGGUACUUUCAGGCCUUGUUGCAUCAUUAAAACUGACUGGUGGGAGGUUGGCUGAUCAUAAGUUCCUGUUUCUUGGAGCCGGAGAGGCAGGGACAGGUAUUGCAGAGCUUAUUGCACUGGAAAUUGCCAAAGAGGAAAAAAUUUCAUUGAAUGAAGCUCGCAAGAGGAUAUGGCUGGUGGACUCUAAGGGGCUCAUUGUGAAGUCCAGAAUGGAGUCCCUUCAACACUUCAAAAAGCCAUGGGCACAUGAGCAUGAAUACUGUAAAAGAUUACUGGAUGCCGUGGAGUCCAUCAGGCCUACGGUUUUGAUUGGAACUUCAGGAGUUGGAAAAACUUUCACAAAAGAAGUGAUUGAGACUUUUUCCUCUUAUAAUGAGAAACCAUUUAUUUUAGCUCUUUCAAAUCCAACUUCUCAGUCUGAAUGUACGGCGGAAGAAGCGUAUACAUGGAGUAAGGGACGUGCAAUAUUUGCCAGUGGGAGUCCUUUUGGUCCUGUUACUUAUGAUGGAAAGACUUUUACUCCUGGCCAGGCUAAUAAUGCAUACAUCUUCCCUGGAUUUGGUUUAGGCUUGGUCAUGUCAGGAACAAUUCAUGUUCAUAAUGAUAUGCUAUUGGCAGCUUCUCAGGCUUUAGCUCAACAGGUUACUAAAGAGCAUCUAGAGCAGGGUCUCAUUUAUCCACCAUUUCGAAAUAUCAGAAAAAUAUCAGCUCACAUAGCUGCAGAAGUUGCUGCAAAGUCCUAUGAACUAGGUUUGGCAACAUCCCUUCCUCGUCCUGCAGAUUUGGUCAAAUAUGCUGAAAGAUGUAUGUAUAACCCAUUGUAUCGAGACUACAAAUGAGAUUAAUAUGGAAUUUAUCUCAGGAUACCUUGAGAGUUUUUUCACGAAGCUGAGAUUAAGCGAAAGGGUCCUUUGAGAUCAUGAAUUGCUAAUAUAUUAGCAAUAGCACAUGGUAAGAAAUGGAAAUUUAUAAGGACUCUAUAAUUCAACCCAUUGGGUUUACAAGUAUAGAUGGUGCCUUAAGGUAAUUAUUAAAAUCUAGCAGGGGUCAAUUAUUUACCAAUUUAAUUCAUGGAAUCAUUCCAUGCAAUUGAUUGUGAUUUUUUUUUUGAAUAUUGUUUCUCCAUUUCUCAGUUGCGCAGAAUAAAUGCAACAGACCUUUAUUGUACUUGAACAUCUAUUAAAUAAUUAAUAUUUUUUUUUGACAUUUUUACAAUCAA